UUAUAAUCAUUCCCUGAUUAGAGGGGAUAGAAUGAGAAACUAAGCAGGGGAACCGGCUUUAGGUCCAGGGUUUAAUUUGAAGGGCCUUUAGUCUAUGGAUACCCAUGUUUCUCUUCAGCCCCAGACAGGUUUACAAGCUUGUUUUUCAAGUUCUACCAAAAGACUAUUCUGCUUUCCAGAUUAACUAGCCGCGUUGGUAGGAAAACCACUAGCACCAGGAAAUGCGCCACUUUCUUCGGGUUCCCAUAACAAGUCAAAGCCACCGGCAAAUUGGAAUGUGAUUUAUCUAAAUUCAGAGACCGGUCUAAAGAGUGGCUCGAAAGGGCAACAUAUGACCAUCUAGGCUACCUUUUGAGCAGAAUCAGGUGCGUUUUAACUUUUUAAUUUCCUCAAAUUCCGACUAACAUUUUGUUAGACUUCAGUUUAUUUUUAUUCAUCAUCAGCAUCUAUUUACGGGAAAAUUCAGAGAUGGCCAGCCAGAGCGAGGUGAUUGACAGGUUGAGGGCUACGUUCAGGUCAGGCGUGACCUUUCCAGAGCAGUUCCGUAUGACCCAGCUCCAGAACCUUCUCUCCCUGGUCGAAGAAAACGAGCAGCUGAUACAAGAUGCUCUCCACAAGGACCUCCAUAAGCCCAAGUUUGAGUCGGUCCUGUCAGAGAUUCAGAUAACCCUGAAUGACCUGUACUUCGCCAUGGAAAACCUCAGGACCUGGAUGCAGCCAGAAUACAACAUUGGCAAGAAUCUGGCCACUAGGAUGGAUGACUGUUUCAUACGCAGGGAACCCUUGGGGGUAGUUUUAAUCAUCGGGGCGUGGAACUACCCUCUACAUCUUAUUCUCUUACCUUUGGUUGCUGCAAUUGCUGCAGGAAACUGUGCCAUUCUGAAGCCGUCAGAGAUCUGUCAGGCCACCGAGCAACUCCUGGCAGAACUCAUCCCCAAAUACCUGUCUCAGGACUGCUAUGCAGUACUAUGUGGUGGAGCAGAGGACACCAAGUCAUUGCUGAAGAAUAAAUUUGAUCACAUCUUCUACACAGGUUCCCAGGUGGUGGCCCGCUCCAUCCUGCUAGCGGCGGCGCCUCACCUGACCCCCGUCACCCUGGAGCUGGGUGGCAAGAGCCCCUGCUUCAUCUACGGCCAUAUCGACAUCCAGAAGGCCGCCAAGCGCCUGUGCUGGUCCAAGUUCUUCAACACUGGCCAGAGCUGUGUGGCACCCGACUACGUCCUCUGCACAGCCCAGACCCGGGACGCCCUACUGCCCGCUCUCCGGGAGACCCUGCGGACCUUCUACGGGCCGGACCCCGGAGCGAGCCUGGACAUGGGGCGCAUAGUCACCCCACGCCACUGGAGACGCCUGAUGGACAUGCUGGAGAAGUCCAAGGGGAAGGUGGUGAUCGGAGGGGGGAGCCGCGAGGAGGACAGGUAUAUUGCUCCCACAGUGUUGGUGGACGUGCAGGAGUCUGAUGCUCUAAUGCAGGAGGAGAUCUUUGGCCCCAUCCUGCCCAUCCUAACCAUAGAGUCUCUGGAGGAGGGCAUAGACUACAUCAACCGCCAAGAGAAACCCCUGGCCCUCUACGUCUUCUCUGACGAGACCUCGGUAGUGACCACAGUGUUGAACAACACCAGUAGUGGUGGUUUCUGCGGCAAUGAUGGUAUAGUACACAUGGCCUUGCCAGGCCUGCCCUUUGGAGGAGUAGGUGCCAGUGGGAUGGGUAGCUACCACGGCCGCUGGGGCUUUGAGACAUUCAGCCACAGGCGGGGCUGUAUGAACCGGAGCUGGUUGCUGGAGAGGGUCAACGUCCUGCGCUACCCGCCCUACAGUGACUACAACCUGGGCUGGUUGCGCUGGGCCACCACCUUCAAGAAGAACAGCUGGGGAGGCUGCUCAGUCAUGUGAGAGUGGCACCCGGUGCGUGCCUGACUGUACUUUCAAAGCCGAUGGGCUUUUCUUAAAGGUACAAUGCAGCCGUUUUUAUCUCAAUGUCAAAUCAUUUUGGGGUAACAAUGAAGUACCUUACUGUGAUUGUUUUCAAUUAAAAUGGCCAACAAGUAACAUCUUCUUAGCAAAGAGCAAUUUGCCAAGAAAGAAUUUAGCUAGGACUGCCUGGGAGUUGUCUGGGUGGGGAGGGGAAAACUAGCUGUUGGCAGAGGUUUGGAUCUCUUAUUGGUCUAUUAACUAAUUUACCGCCUGAAGUUGUCACCAGGCAUUCCAAGAGUCCCUUCCCACCUAAAUGGGCUGAAAUUUCAGGCAGUCUUUAUAAACUGCUCUUACACUAAAGGGGUAUUAUAAUUUUUCACAGUAUUAUUCCAUCAUGUGGAAUGUAUAAAACAGUUUUUUUUUUUUACUGCACUGGGCCUUUAAAGUAUCUGUCCAGUGUUCCAGAUUUCUAUUAAAUAAUUUACCUAAAAUGUUAAUAAAAAACAUAUAUAUAUAUAUAUAAUUAAGGAUGUUAAACAGCUUUUCUCUGUGGCCUGAUUGGAAAUAGUGGUUGGGUGUACUCUAGUUAUAAAAUUAAAAAAAGCCCUGACAUGCCAGCUCAGCCAAUGAGAUGCACAAACACUUGGAUAUUCAAAUUAGCUACCAACGCCAUGUGGGGCAGUGCUGUAUGCCUAGCAGGCUUGCUUUCUUUUUUGGGGGGCCUUGGCUGUGUAUAGGUUGCCUGCCCUGUCCGCUAAGAAUCCGAGUCACAUUCUGCACAUGUUAUUUUACGCACACUACAUAACUGCUGCUCACACUCCCCUUCCAUUACCUUUCUCUCUCUACUCACCCUCUUCUGAACUAUGAUGAUGAUGAUGAUCUCUGCCUUGUGUUUUUGAACAGCUGAAAUAAAAUAAAAACUGCUGCAAAUUGAACAAACAUUCCCCAAAAUAUUUUUUGAAGGCUAAACAACCUUCUCGGUUGUAACAGAUAUUUUAGUUGCACAAGCAGGACUCAUUAAACUAUCAGCGUUUUGUGUGAUGUAGGCCCACCCAUACUCAACUAGUGGACCGGAUCGGUUGGGCUUCGAUCCCUGGUAUCAUAUAAACACACAGGACAUGAAAGAAUGCAUAGAAUUGCAGAAUAUUUGCUUUAAAACAGCAAAAAAAUCAUAUUUGCCCCAUGCAAAAUGUGUAGAAUUGCAGGAAAUUAGCUAUAAAACUGCAACAUUUUCAAGAUGGGUGUGAACAGAUUGAGGUCGCAUGGGUUGUGAGGUGGGGGUUUGUUACUACAUCGAUAAAUUACAUUAUCCAUCCGGACCACCUCGGAAAUGUGUGUGUGACUGGACCUUCUCAAAUAGUACUUGAGUACCCAUGAUUAGGCUAAUCUUCAUAGUUACUGUCAUAUUGUAGUAGUACUGUAGGAUAAUACAGGAUAAGUACAGUAGUAAAGUUCCUGGAAAAAUAAUGCAACUUCCCACUUAGAGUUUUGCAUAGGAACUCUGUGUUUUCCCACACACAGGCCCUACUAACUGCUAUUUCGCUUUACAAUGAUCAUGCAAGUACAGCAUGAGUAGCGGUUCCACCUCUAGGCAGCUGAGCGUGUGAAUCCGGACCGGUAACCUCAGUCUGACAGUGGGCGAGUUCAUUCUGUGGUGCACGUGCGCUAUUAUCUGUUAUAUCGUUUGUCAACUACUGCCUACUAUACUGAACAAAAAUAUACACUUUUUUUUUUACAAUUUUACUGAUUUACAGUUCAUAUAAGGAAAUCAGUCAAUUGAAAUAAAUUCCUUAAACCUUAAUCUAUGGAUUUCACAUGACUGGAGGGCAUAUUCCCACCUACUUGGGUGCCAGGCCAAGCCCAUCAGAAUGAGUUUUUCCCCACAAAGGGGCUUUAUUAUGACAAAUACUCUGCAGAUUAUCGGCUGUCCAGUCCUGGGCUGGUUGCACGUGCGGUUGUGAGGCCGGUUGGAUGUACUGCCAAAUUCUCUAAAAUGACAUUGGAGGUGGCUUAUGGUAAAUAAAUUAACAUUACAUUUUCUGACAACCGCUCUGGUGGACAUUCCUGCAGUCAGCAUGUCAAUUGCACGCUCACUCAACUUGAGACAUCUGUGGCAAUGUGUUGUGAUUACAACUGCACAUUUAGUGCCUUUUAUUGUCCCCAGCACAAGGUGCACCUGUGUAAUGAUCAUGCUGUUUUAUUUUUUAUUUCACCUUUAUUUAACCAGGUAGGCAAGUUGAGAACAAGUUCUCAUUUACAAUUGCGACCUGGCCAGGAUAAAGCAAAGCAUUUCGACAGAUACAACGACACAGAGUUACACAUAGAGUAAAACAAACAUACAGUCAAUAAUACAGUAUAAACAAGUCUAUAUACAAUGUGAGCAAAUGAGGUGAGAAGGGAGGUAAAGGCAAAAAAGGCCAUGGUGGCAAAGUAAAUACAAUAUAGCAAGUAAAACACUGGAAUGGUAGUUUUGCAAUGGAAGAAUGUGCAAGGUAGAAAUAAGAAUAAUGGGGUGCAAAGGAGCAAAAUAAAUAAAUAAAAUACAGUUGGGAAAGAGGUAGUUGUUUGGGCUAAAUUAUAGGUGGGCUAUGUACAGGUGCAGUAAUCUGUGAGCUGCUCUGACAGUUGGUGCUUAAAGCUAGUGAGGGAGAUAAGUGUUUCCAGUUUCAGAGAUUUUUGUAGUUCGUUCCAGUCAUUGGCAGCAGAGAACUGGAAGGAGAGGCGGCCAAAGAAAGAAUUGGUUUUGGGGGUGACUAGAGAGAUAUACCUGCUGGAGCGUGUGCUACAGGUGGGGGAUGCUAUGGUGACCAGCGAGCUGAGAUAAGGGGGGACUUUACCUAGCAGGGUCUUGUAGAUGACAUGGAGCCAGUGGGUUUGGCGACGUAUGAAGCGAGGGCCAGCCAACGUGAGCGUACAGGUCGCAAUGGUGGGUAGUAUAUGGGGCUUUGGUGACAAAACGGAUUGCACUGUGAUAGACUGCAUCCAAUCUGUUGAGUAGGGUAUUGGAGGCUAUUUUGUAAAUGACAUCGCCAAAGUCGACGAUUGGUAGGAUGGUCAGUUUUACAAGGGUAUGUUUGGCAACAUGAGUGAAGGAUGCUUUGUUGCGAAAUAGGAAGCCAAUUCUAGAUUUAACUUUGGAUUGGAGAUGUUUGAUAUGGGUCUGGAAGGAGAGUUUACAGUCUAACCAGACACCUAAGUAUUUGUAGUUGUCCACGUAUUCUAAGUCAGAGCCGUCCAGAGUAGUGAUGUUGGACAGGCGGGUAGGUGCAGGUAGCGAUCGGUUGAAGAGUAUGCAUUUAGUUUUACUUGAAUUUAAGAUUUAAUCAGCUGUCAGAUGGAUUAUCUUGGCAAAGGAUAAAUGUUCACUAACAGGGAUGUAAACAAAUUUGUGCACAAUUUGAGAGCAAUAAGCUUUUUGUGCAAAUGGAAAUAUUUCGGAAUAAUUUAUUUCAUCUCGUGAGGCAUGGGACCAGCACUAUACAUGUUGAGUUUUAUCUUUUUGUUAAUUAUAUUUGAUUAUAAUUGUCAUAGUUAUGCUGCCAUAUCGUAGCAAGAGUUGCUGAAAAAAGAACUAGCCAAUGUUUGCAAUGAGAAAAUAAUUGCUAUUUUGACUGCCUGAAUAUCGUACGUGUGUUUGAUGUACUGUUACUACAGACAAAGUUUGUAGGAACAUGUCGAUCAUGUUUUCUGUGUACAACAUGAUAGCUGCAUGUUAGCCUAACACCCCUCCUGAAAAAAUAACAUGAAAUUGCACUUGAGGCAUGGAAUGCAUAGUUUGAACAUGCCCACCAUAUCUUUAGUGUACAACACAAUGUUUCCCCCUCCAUGUCAAGGAGGAAGUAGCAGCAGCAGAGCAUGUUAGAUUACUGCUUCUAAACAGCCAGCAGGCCAACUUACAAACCCCAGAUUUUUAAAUGGAAGCGACUGAGAUUGUUGUUGUAUAGGCUUACUCCUUUUUGCUAACACAACCUGUGGAUUGCUUGGCUUGUGUGCUGCAGUGUGCCCUCUCCAUUAACUGUUUGUCACAAGUCAGUUUCAGUGGGCCUGUUUGGUUUGAGUACUUGAAAAGAAGGCUGUACUUGUAUAGGGCCAUUGAGUCAGCAGAAAAGAGCUGUGAGAAAGGGGGAAAGAGGUGCUACCUGUGGUUCUGGUUUAACCAGGUUAAACCAAGGGAGGGACACAGGCUGCAUCUCAAGUCUUAAUUGGCUUCCUUCCCUUGUCUCCUCUCCUUUACCAUGAAAUGGAAAACUGAAGAAAGGUGAAAGUAAUGUAGUAGAUGCCAAUGGCUUUCACCUGUCCUGUUCUUUCAAAUCUUUGCAGCUGAAGGGAAGGAGAGCCGCUAUUGCAAUCCACCCAGGGUGUGGUUUCAGUUCUGUGUGUUCACUGCUACAUCACAAUGGUCUAAACCUGCUUCUUCCACUCGUCUUGCUUUGACCCAUCAGAUCAGAAUAGAUGAGUGGAAGCCACUAUAUUGAAAUGUUUCCCCAGAGUUUGAAAUGCACUGGCUACCAGGGUCUGGAGAGGUAAAGGGUUUUUAGCACUGUUGCACAAGACCCCCAUUGUUUACCAUGGGGUUAGUAUAGUUCACAGAACGGUCUUAUGUAACACUUUUACUGGGUUUUGUUAAGACUCUGUGUGACAUAUUAGGUGGUGGAUGUUUUUGAUUUUAAAAGUUUUGUUCAGAAGACAUUAACUAAUAAAACCUUACU